CAAGGAAAUGGCUGCAAUGGAGCUGGCUCAGGGGCCGGUGACCUUCAAGGAGGUGGCUGUGUAUUUCACCAGGGAAGAGGGGGCUCUGCUGGACCCCACUCAGAGAGCCCUCUACAGGGAUGUCAUGCAGGAGAACAAUGAGACGGUGACCUUGCUGGUAGGGUUUCCAGUUUCCAAACCUGAUGUGAUCUCCCAGGUGGAACGAGGGGAAGAGCCGUGGGUCCCAGACCUCCAGGGCUCUGAGAAAGAAGUUCUUCCAAGAGCUGCCUGCACAGGUGAUGGGAUGGUGAGUCAGAAUGAGGAGGAGAAACCCCAUCAGGAAGAUGCUGAGCAAGGGGAACGAAAUGGAACUUUAUCAGGAAGAUCCAAAGGGAGUGUUUCCAGGAGUUGUGCACUCCCAGAAAAACCAAAAGCCUGUGAAACUCAGGGGAGGCCUGAGGGAAACUUUAGUAGCCUCUCAGACCUUGUAACAAGCGAGAGAAUCAACUUGGAAGAGACACGCUACACAUGCCACGAGUGUGGGAAAAGCUUCUAUCGGAGCUCUACCCUGAACACACAUCGUAGAAUCCACACAGGAGAGACGCCCUACACGUGCGCUGAGUGUGGAAAAAGCUUUAGUUGGAGCUCACACCUUAUCGGACAUCGGAGAAUCCACACACGAGAGACGCCAUACACGUGCACUGAGUGUGGGAAAGCUUCAAUCGGAGCUCUACCCUGA